AUGCGGUUUGUGGGAGAGUGGCAGUACAGAAACCAGGAGAACUUAUCCAGUGUCAAAUGGUCAAAGGUGAUUCUGGAGGCUCAGGAGGCAUUCAUUGUUGUUGGUGAUGAAGCCCAAGAUGGUGGUGCCAUCAAUGUACUUGAGGAUGACGUUAGAGCUGUGCUUGGAGGAGGUUCUGCUGGUGCAACCAUGGCUGCAGUCGGAGCUGAGGUCACCGGGUCAAGCUUCCUGUCAUCAGGGCUCGUGGGCUUCUUCAUCGUCCUCCUCCUCUUCAUUUUCUUCACGGCUCUCUGCAGCAUGUGCAACAGACAGUCAUUUAAGCUCCAGGAGCCACGGGUGGAUCCGACCCCAUCAACUCUCAUCAGAGUGGUGAAACUGGAGGAGGUGAAGGAGAAUCCGAUGAUCGAGGAGAUCCAGAAGGAUGAAAAAGAGUUUUGUCCUAAAGAAGACUCAGCGGUGACAUCCAGCUCCUCGCAGCACAAAGAGCCAGAGACCAUCAGAGACUCAAGUCCUGCAGAGGAAGUCUCGGUCUCGUUCCCACCCUGGAGGAGCCACUUGAUGGCGCCACAGAGCAAAGAUGUGAACGGCCUUUCCCCUUCAGACUCCUCCCACGUCUACGACAUCAUCCAAAGAGGGCGGGGCAAUAGCAGCGAUGCUCUGACAAGGCCUGAUCACCCACCAACACAGCUGCAUGGCAGCACUGAUGAAGAGAACAUCCCUCAACCUGCGCUUUCAACAAAUCACAAGAAUUCUGUUUACGCUCAAGUCAGCAAGAAGAAUUGAACAUUUCACCUGUUUGUACACCUGAGGAGUAGAGGAGUCUUCAUCAUGUCCUGCAGGAAGAUGGGAUGGAGGGUGAUGGACAGAAAGAGAAAGACCAAACAAAGAUGAUGAUGGAAAAAUGAAGACAUGUAACAGAAAAAAAUAAGACUCUAAUAAACAGACCACAUGCCUUGA